GAAUAGAAAUUAAUAAAAACACUGAUAGAUGUUUGAACUCCAACACCCCUAACCGCACACCAUUUCUUUUUUGUUUUAAGCACACACAUAGAGUCGUUUGGAAGAGCGCAAGCAGAGGUUGAUUUAUGAAGCGAGUAUUUAUGAUCGCCCUUUUAUCUUCUCCGCUCUGCAGCUAGUUUCUCCGUUACUACUAUUUUUCUUUUUUUUUUUCUUUCUUCUUCUCUACAGUAUUACUUUUCAAGAGAGGGAAAAGAGGGCAAAAUCAGCAGACACCUUUAAUCCCGUUCGUUCGUUCUUUUCGAUUCAUCAUGAGCCGCAGAGUUGAGCGUUCUGCCUUUCUUAAGCGCUCGCGGGACGACGAGGCGGACACGCAAGGCGUCGGGCGCGCCCCAACGGACCACCUCUUCGCCACUCCGCCUCGCCCCACCAGCGGGUCCUCCCGCCUUAUCCCGUCCAAUCCGUUCAUGGCGCCGGUGCACUGCUCCCGCUCCCCGUCCGUCUGCACCAGCGGGACGGAGGGUGGUUUGUCAGAUGACAGCGUCUUCGUGUUGGACAUUAGUAGUCACAGCAGCUCGCUCCCACACCGUCGCAGUGGCUUGAUGUCCGCGCCAAGCGAGGCGGAGGUGGCGCAGUGGCAGAGGGAGCUGAGCGACUUCUUCACCAAGUUAGACGAGCGCUCUCUCAGAGUAACUCCGCAGUGA